AUGGUUGCACAUAAUGGUGAAAUCAAUACACUUCGUGGUAAUAUCAAUCUCAUGCGAGCUCGUGAAGGAGUAAUGUCCAGUACGCUCUACGAAGACGAUCUUGUAAAACUUUAUCCGGUAGUUGAAGAGGGCCUAACUGACUCAGGAUGCUUUGAUAAUGUAUGCGAAUUUCUCGUGAAAGCUGGACAACGAUCUCUGCCUGAAGCGGCAAUGACGAUGGUCCCGGAGGCAUGGGAGAAAGAUGAGGAAAUGGACCACGACAAAAGGGCAUUCUAUCGUUGGGCAGCUAUGGCUAUGGAACCAUGGGAUGGACCGGGUGAGUGA